ACAGAGAGAGAGAGAGAGAGAGAGAGACAGAGAGAGGGAGAGAGAGAGAGAGAGAGAGAGAGAGCUUUAACACAUUCCUACAGGACUAACACAAAGCAGCAGCAGCAGCAAAGCAGAAUGGAGCCAGAGGAGAAAAAACCCAAAUACGGCGACUCCCGGACGUUUGACCCUAAUUUUAAAGGGCCCAUUCACAACAGGAGCUGUACUGAUGUUCUCUGCUGUCUGCUCUUCAUUCUGGCCCUACUGGCUUAUUUUGCAGUGGGACUUCUGGCCUGGUCUCAGGGUGACCCGCGCAAGGUGAUUUACCCCACAGACAGUAGGGGGCAGUUCUGUGGUCAGAUCGGGACCCCACUGGAGAAGAAGCCUCUGCUGUUUUAUUUUAACAUUAUGAAGUGUGCCAGUCCACUAGUGUUGCUGGAAUUCCAGUGCCCCACCACACAGAUCUGUGUGGAGAAAUGUCCAGAGCGGUUCCUGACUCUGAAGAAGGCUAUACUGAACAAAGAACACAUGCAGUACUUCUCACAGUUCUGUAAGGAGGGAGUGGACACCACAAUGAUGGCUACUGAACUCCUGAGAGAUGGAAUGUGUCCGUCUGUGAUCAUUCCCAGCCGGCCUUUUACGCGCAGGUGUUUGCCAGCCCUGGAGACGAAGAAGGGGGGCGUCGUUGUCAUUGGUAAUGAAACAACCUUCACUUCUGGAGAUGUCAACUUAAACGCUACCGACCUGCUGGAAGCAACAAAGAAGUCCAACAUCGUUGUAGAAGCUCGGCAGGUGGCCAUGAGGAUCUUUGAGGAUUACACACAGUCCUGGCACUGGAUCCUGCUUGGAUUAGUAAUUGCCAUGGUGCUCAGUCUGCUCUUCAUCAUUCUUCUGCGUUUUCUGGCUGGGGUCAUGGUCUGGGUGAUGAUCAUCUUGGUCAUCCUCGUUAUUGGUUACGGCAUCUUCCACUGUUAUAUGCAGUACGCUGCUCUGAAAGGCCAGCCUGGAUCAGAUGUUACCAUAAAGGAUCUGGGGCUGCAGACAGAUUUCUCCAUCUACCUGCAGAUCCAGCAGACCUGGCUGGCCUUCAUGAUUAUCCUGUGCAUUGUUGAAGUGGUCAUCCUCCUCCUCCUCAUCUUCCUAAGGAAGAGAAUCCUCAUCGCCAUCGCUCUCAUUAAAGAGGCUAGCAAGGCGGUGGGUCAUGUGAUGUCGUCACUGUUCUACCCUGUGCUGACCUUUGCGCUCGUGUCUGUGGUGAUCGCGUACUGGGCCGUCACCGCUGUCUUCCUGUCCACCUCCAGUGAGCCAGUCUAUAAGGUUUUCAACACCACAGAGUGUGAAUACUCCAGACAGACCUGCAAACCCGAGACGUUCAACCGCACCAACAUCUCCGCGCAGUGUCCAGAUGCGGAAUGUCUGUUUGCGUUCUAUGGCGGAGAGACGUACUACCACAAGUACCUGAUCUUGUUCCAGUUCUAUAACCUGUUCCUGUUCUUCUGGUGUGUGAACUUUGUGACGGCGCUGGGUCAGGUGACCCUGGCCGGGGCCUUCGCCUCCUACUACUGGGCCUUCAAGAAACCGGAUGAUAUCCCUGCGUUCCCCAUCUUCUCCUCGCUCGGACGGGCCCUCAGGUAUCAUACAGGCUCUUUAGCCUUUGGUUCUCUGAUCCUCUCCAUCAUUCAGGUGAUCAGGGUGAUCCUGGAGUAUCUGGAGCAGAAGCUAAAAGUUGCUGAAAACAGAGUUGCUAAGUUCUUCCUGACCUGUCUGAAGUGUUGCUUCUGGUGUUUGGAAAAAUGCAUCAGGUUCCUUAACAGAAACGCCUACAUCAUGAUCGCCAUUUAUGGUAAAAACUUCUGCACGUCUGCUAAGGACGCUUUCUUCCUCCUGAUGAGGAACAUUGUCCGGGUGGCCGUGCUGGACAAAGUGACGGACUUCCUGUUGUUUCUGGGAAAGCUGUUGAUAGUGGGGAUUGUGGGAGUCUGCUCUUUCUUCUUCUUCACGAGGAAGAUAAAGGCUGUGGAGGAAGCGGCUCCGUCACUGAACUACUACUGGGUUCCCCUCCUGACGGUGGUGUUUGGCACCUAUCUCAUCGCCCAUGGCUUCUUCAGCGUCUACGCCAUGUGUGUGGACACUCUGUUCCUGUGCUUCUGCGAGGACCUGGAGAGGAACGACGGCUCCCCUGAACGGCCGUAUUUCAUGUCUCCUGAGCUGCAUGAGAUCCUGUCCACGAGCAAAGCAGCAGAGGAGGUUGAUCAUGCAGUGACAGAGCAGGAGGAGGCGGUGCUGCUUCAGGAGAAUGGCGAAGUCCAUCUGAAGCAGCAGGACGUUCUCAAACAGGAGAACGAAGAAGAGACGGCGCUGACGCAGGAGCCGCCACAGGAGGAGGCCGCAGAGCCUAAUGCGCUGGAAGUGCAGGAGGAGAAGGCUGAAGAACAGGAGGUACAGCAGGAAGCAGCGCUGUCGCUGGAGAGCCCGCGGGAAACAGUGCAUCAGAAUGGUCCUCAGGAGGCUGAUGGGAAAGAGAUGGAGGAACCAGAACAAGAACAUCAGCAGCAGCAGCAGCAGCAACAGGAGGAGCCACAGCCAGAGCUCCAGCAGUCAGCACCCGAAGUGGAGGAAGCGAAGCCACAAGAGAACGGCCCCCAGGAAAGCGAGGCUCCACUAACACCUCAGGACUAACGCUUAUGCUAGCAGGCCACUCAGUCAGUCCAGUCUAGCACAGCAGAACCUCACAGCUGGAACCUGGUUUACUGCAAGCGACACUUUUGCAAAAAAAUCUAAUUUACAACUAAUACAGUCGAUCAGCCAAGACGUAUUUAUUUCUCCUUGUGGUUAGCACUGGAGCUUUGCAGCUAAGGUAGCUAACAAGUAAUAGAACACCAUUUAUUAUGGUGCUAACUGCAUACUUACAUUAGUUGUCCAAUUCAUCAUUUGUCCAUUUUUUACAGUACGUCGUACAUUGUCAGAAACCACAAGUCUUUUUGAGAUAUCAUGCUGUAAAAAAGUUCCACACAAGCCAUAAUGCAUCUGAUACCAGACCAUAAUGUGUAGACGUGUCUGUACAGAAUGAAUCUAUAGUUUAGCCUGGUGUGAAAUUGCUCAGUUUAAUCAGAACUGAAAAAAGCAGACAAUAUGUAGAGAGAACUGUCUCUCAGUAAUGUCUGAGUCUGUCAGGCAUUAGGGGGUUCCUCCAAGCCAGUCCAGAAUGAAUGUGUUUAUAAGGAGCUUUUGUGCCACAUCACAGAUUUUAAUUCUUAAUCAUUUUUAACACAGAACAAUGCACUAAUCUACACAGAACAUCAUACAAUCUUUCAACAUUGCUGCUAUAUUUCCAAUAUAAGACUUUAUGUACAUUAAUGACAUCAGUGAGAGCAGACAGCUUCACGUAGCUUACCAGCCAAUCAGCACACAGUGGCAGUAAAGCUAACCAAUCAGUAACAUUAACGCUAACUAAUCAGCAAUCAGUAACAUUACACUGUGUGCACAAUUAUUAGGCAAGUCUUAUUUUUGAGGAUUAUUUUUAUUAAUGAGCAGCUACAGCGCUCUCGAUUAAUCCAAAAUGUUAAUAAACCUCAAACAUGAAUGUUUAAGAAAGUAAAAGUGAAGUUUGGCUUUCUAAGGUGAAUAUCUAUAUGUGCACAUUUAUUGGGAAACUAUAAUAGUGCAGAAUUAUUA